AUGUCUAGGCAUUUAAAUCAUGUUUCGAAUAAAAUACGAAAAUGUUUAUCAAAUCAUCUUUCUCUGUCAAAUUUGAAAAGGUUAGCUUUCGCUGUUUCUUUACUUUCAUGCCUCUCAGCAGGAUCGAUAUUGCUCUUUUCACUAUUUUCAAUAUCACUACAUGACAUCAUUGGUUUAAGCUACUUCCAAAUUAACUUGAUAUCGUCUGUCUCAGCAAUUGGAAUGUACUUGUGCUUGCCAGUGUUAGGCUACUUAUCGGAUUGCCAUGGUCCAGCAUUACUUUCAUUGAUAUCCAUAUGGCUAUUUUGUCCAAGUUACUAUAUUAAUAGUUUGCUAGUCAGCAACGCUGAAAAAUAUCCUUUAGCAAAGACUUCGGUCUACGGAUUCAGUAUAACUUUUGGUCUUAUAGGUUUGGCGACAUCAUCGUUGUAUUUUCUGAGUCUAUUAACUUGCGCAAGAAUUUAUCCAAAUCAUAAAGGAUUGGCUAUAUCGCUACCAGUGAGUUGCUACGGACUUUCUACAUUCAUAGGCUCUCAAUUACUUAAGCUCAAAUAUUUCAAGGCUGGAGAUUAUUUGGAUUUACCCAAAACGUUCAAUUUCUUCGGAGCACUUUACUUAGUUGUUGGGGUUUUAAAUUUUACUUCCAGUUCAAUAGUAACUAUAGAACAAGAAAUAAUUUUUCAUGAUGAGUCAACUCCAUUAUUACGUGAUCAAGAAGAAUGUGGAGAAGAGGAGGUAGACUAUGCCGGUGACGAGAAUCUUCUUGAGACGCAGAGCUCAUUAGAGCCAACUCACCAUCAUGAACGUUAUAAGAAGUUUUUGCUAGAUAAAUCAUCAUGGUUUCUCUUGCUCUCAUUAAUACUUAACAUCGGUUCUUUAGAGAGCUAUCAAAAUAAUUUGGGAUCAAUUGUCAAAAUCGCCGCUCCUGGCACAGUCCUCUCUAACCAGGUCAGCAUAAUGGCGGCGGCAUCAACAGUCAUACGCUUAGUAAUUGGGGCACUGUCAGACUACUUGGCUUCCCCAAGGAGACGAUAUCCUAUCUGUCGUAUCUGGCUCCUUGUAGGCAUUUUAUUGCUUGCAGCUGUGGGACAAAUAGGUGUGGUAACCAAUAUCAAUUUUUCUAUUAUUUCGACUAUGAAUGGAUUAGUAUACGGUGCCUUGUUUACUUUGUAUCCUACAAUAGUUGCUACGGUCUGGGGUAUUGAUAUUAUGGGAUCUACAUGGGGUUCUUUUAUGGUAGCUCCCGCAAUUGGCUCUGUCAUUUAUUCGUUAGCCUACGGUUGGCGAGUGGACCAAAGUAACCGUCCCACCAAGGAAUGUCUCAAUUCCUUUUUCGAAAUCACCUCGCUAGGUAUGUUAAUAAGUCUUGUUAUUAUUUUCUUAACCUGGCGCUGCAUUUGGUGCAAGAGAAGACUAGAGAUUUUCUAG